AUGGGCGAGUUGGUGGAGUACUAUCAAGACGGACGGGAAAGUGUGGAAUGUCGGACUAGAGGCUUGGACAAAUUGGUUUAUCUCGUAGGAUCGGCUAUAGCUCCUAUAAUGAAUGCACCGUCUUUACUACACCAUCAACAACUGCAACAACUGCUAUUUCAUCUCACUCAGGCUGGUUGGAUCUGUAUCGAGAAAUGUCCAAGGAGUAUUUCCCCUUCAGAACUGAUAGAAAUGAUCACCAUCCUUGUUCUUUUAUUUCAAUUUUCGGCCUACAACCUUACAUGGGAAUGUAUCAUCGAAAGCUGUGGACGGAGGGAUCCCAGUAUUGGUGCUAUAUGUGAUUUCUACGAUCUGCCAUCGUUCUACCACUUAGAUAAUGAAACUGCUCACGAACGAAACGAGCAUUUGAAGAAGUUGUCUUUCGACAGAAACUGGAGGAUAGGUGGAAUGGCCGUCCCUUCUAGGAAUCCACAACAAAUUUGCGUUGUUUCCUUUCUUGCUACUCUUCUCGAUACCACUCCGUCCAAUGUUGCUUACCAACUUAAACCCAAAAUAAGUGAAUGGAAAGUGGAUGGCGAGGUGCUACAAAUCGCUGUAGAAAUCAAUUGCAAUAAAGAGCGCAUUGGGCGGCUGCUCAUUGGCAAGGGUGAUCGCCGAAUAACAGAGAUUGGAAAGCGUGUCAAUGAUCAUAUGCACAGUUUGUACGCACGACAGUUAUUCGUGCGCAUCAUUGUCAAACACAAUGGGAAAGUUGUUAAAUUUUUGGAUUGA